GUCAGCCGGGGUGUUCCUUUUGAGGACAUCAAAAAGGCUUAUUACAAAAUUUCCUUGAAAUGGCAUCCCGACAAAAAUCCUGAUAAAUUGGAGGAGGCCACUUCUGCCUUUCAAGCCAUCCAAGAGGCAUAUAGAGUUUUGUCUGAUCCUCGUGAGAGACAAUGGUACGACCUUCAUCGAGAUCAGAUUUUGUUGGGCCAUGGAACAGGUUCAGAAAAGUAUGAGGAAAAGUGCGUUGAUAUAUUUGCGUAUUUCUCUAAGUCCUGCUAUUCUGGAUUUGAUAAUGGUCCAAAAGGCUUUUACACGGUUUAUAGAAAAAUUUUCGAAGAGCUUGCCGACGAGGAACUUAAGGCAAGCGGCAAUACACAUGAAGACACUGACUCGAGUGAUGAAAUGGAAAAGGCUAAAAAAUCAUCUUUUGGAACAUCCAACGCGAAUACCAAGCGUAAUGUGCGAAAGCAGCACAAGAAGAAUGUUUUUUCAAAGAAGAAUUUGAAACAGUAUCCCUCUUUUGGAUAUUCACACAGUGAUUAUUCUGAUGUCGUUGGUCCAUUUUAUGAAUUCUGGGAGGUAUUUUCAACAAAGAGGUCUUACACAUGGAAGGAAAAAUAUGAUAUUCGACAAGCAUCCUCCAGAUUUGUAGGUCAUUCUUCAGGGUUUUUAUUAGUUAACAUUUACUCCUUGACAUUAAAGAGUAAUUUUCGGGUCUUGUGA